AGUAUCAUCGAUAACCAAAACCGGUGCUGAGAGACGUGCUGGUUAGGUUAGGUUAAGUUAGGUGAAGAGUCAUUAGCCCGGAUUUCGCGCGGUUUGUCGCGAUAGUUCGGUGAGCGUAAGAAAUUGGUUGAAUAUCGGCUCUUCGUCCCUCUGUCAUGGAUGAGUUGAUGCAACAUUUGGGAAAGAUACGGAUACCACGAUCCGGUGACAAGAUAUACAAGGACGAAUGUGUUUACUCCUUUGACACCCCGGACACACCAACGGGUCUCUAUAUUAGUCUUAGUACCUUUGUGGGUUUAGGCCAGGACCAUGUCCUACGAUAUCAUCAGCAGACUGGUAAUCCUGUCUUCCUUCACCUAAAACGUACAAGGAAAGAGAUUCCAUCUGCGCAGCAAGGAGAUGGUCCUGAGAAGAAGAUCACUAGGCUUGCCAUUGGAACAGCUGGUGGAUUUACACCCGACCAACAGAAGUAUACUUAUCAUGAGACUUAUGAGAUAGUCAUUCUACCAAAUUUUAUAACUAUCCCAUACCCAUCCGAUGAUUUACCUGAACAGUUGGAACUUGCAGUCAAAGCUAUAUUAGAAGCAGAAUCUGCAAUCAAGUUGGCAGAGGUAGAAGCCUUAGCUGGUACAUGGGACGGUGAGAUCAAAGCAGUUUCAAAGCACGCCGCGAACUUGAAGCAGCUAGACAACGGGAAGAAAAUCCCACCGAGCGGCUGGAAGUGCGAGAAAUGCGAGCUCACGCAGAAUCUUUGGCUCAACUUAACCGACGGAAGCGUGCUCUGCGGCCGCAAGUUCUUUGACGGAACUGGCGGCAACGAUCACGCGGUGGAGCACUACCGGGCGACCGGCUAUCCUCUGGCCGUGAAGCUGGGCACGAUUACGAAGGAAGGCAAGGGCGAUGUGUUCUCGUACGACGAGGACGACAUGGUGGAAGACCCGAACUUGGCGGUGCAUCUGUCGCACUGGGGCAUUAACGUGGCUCAGAUGGAGAAGACGGACAAAUCGAUGAUUGAGUUGGAACUCGACCUGAAUCAAAAAUUUGGCGAGUGGGUCGCUCUUCAAGAAGCAGCCAGCAAGCUGACGCCAGUGUAUGGCUCUGGGUACACCGGUCUGGCGAAUCUCGGAAACUCCUGUUACCUGAACAGCGUCAUGCAAAUGCUGUUCAUCGUCCCCGAUUUUAUCAAGAGAUUCGUAGACGGAGCGCCGAAGAUAUUCGACCAGAUUUACAACGACCCUGCAAACGACUUCAACAUUCAAAUGGCGAAACUGGGCACCGGCCUGCUCUCCGGCAAGUACUCGGAAGAGCCGAGCAAAUCCGGCAGUACGGAGAACGACGACUCGCGGCAAGGUAUUCCCCCGCGGAUGUUUAAGAUUCUGGUAGGUCGCGGCCACGCCGGCUUCUCCUCGAAUCGGCAACAGGACGCGCAGGAAUUCCUCCUCCACUUAAUUAACAUACUCGAUCGUCACAGUCGGCACCAGGUAAACCCCAUGGAAUGUUUUAAAUUUAGAGUGGAGGAAAGAUAUCAGUGUGACAAAUCGAAGAAGGUCAAAUACACCUACCGGCCAGAAUACAUUCUGCCACUGCCGAUACCGUUGGAGGCCGCGGUGAAUAAGGACGAAGUGGCCGCUUACGAGAACUUGAAGAAAGAAGCCGAAGCGAAGGGCCAGAAGCUGGACUCCAACGCUCUCGUGAGACCGCGCUUAAAGCUGUCCUCGUGCCUGGAGACGUUCAUUCGUUCGGAAACCGUGGAGCAGUUUUACAGCUCAGCGUUGAACGGCAGGACGAUGGCGCACAAAACCACAAGACUGGACAGCUUCCCGGAUUAUUUGCUGAUUCAUCUGAGGAAAUAUACGGUACAAGAGGAUUGGACGCCCAUCAAACUGGACGUGGCGGUGGAGAUGCCGGACACGUUGGACCUAAGCUUCUUGCGCGGCACCGGCUUGCAACCCGGUGAGGAAUUGCUGCCGGAGACCACCGGCGCGGAACCACCGCCUCCCGUCUACGACAUGGACAUUCUUAACGAGUUGAUGGACAUGGGUUUCCCGCCGGAAGCGUGCAAGCGGGCGCUGUAUUUCACGGAAAACCGAGGUCUGACGGACGCGACCAAUUGGGUGAUGCAUCACAUCGCGGAUCCCGACAUCGAUGAACCGUUUGUGCCGCCGGGAGUCGACGUUAAUCCAGCCGGCAAAUCCAGCUUUGUAGCAGACGAAGAGGCCAUAACGAUGGUAAUGGGCAUGGGCUUCACGAUAGACCAGGCGACGAAAGCGCUCAAGGCGACCGAUAACAAUGUGGAGCGCGCGAUCGAGUGGAUUUUCAGCCACCAAGUCGAGCUCGACACUCAGAAAUCGGGAAGUUGUGAUACGCAAGCAAAGGAAGUUUUCAGAGACGGGAGUCCUCGAUACAAACUGGUGGGUUUCAUAUCUCACAUGGGCACGUCAACGAUGGUAGGCCAUUACGUUUGUCACUUGCUGAAGGAGAAUCGAUGGGUGAUAUAUAAUGACGACAAGGUCGCCUUGUCGGAAAACCCGCCGAAAGAAUUGGGGUACCUGUACUUGUACCAACGGAUCGAUUAGUGUAACACUGCUAUUUUGUAUAAAGAUAUAUUGUAUUGCUUUUAAAAGCUUCUACGGGCGCUCGCCGCGGCCAGGUUGGCCGAUAAAGAGACGUAAGAGGCGAGAGGUGACACGCUGCAAAUUCUUACGUGCCAUUUCUAAAUAAAAAGAUAUUUGUAUGAAAGAAUACAUUGAGUUGUUAGAGUAUAUUUAUAAAAUGCUCCGAAUACUGUGCUUCUUCCCUGAUCAUCAUUCGACAACCGCAAAGUGACUGUAAUAUGAGACCUAGUCGUGCGCAUGCGCGAUCAUCCCAUGCGACCAACCUCAUUAAAAUUAUUUUAUCAACUGUUUAUCGAUUUUUAAGGGAGAAGCAUAGUAUUCAGAACAUCUUGCAAGUAUGUUCUAGCGAUUUCAAGUAUCCUUUCAUAGACUUUUUUUUUGGAAAUAAUACGCAAGAGCUUUGAACAUACGUUUUCUCGCUUCUGACGUCAUCAAUCAAAAAUUCUGCGACGAGGGAGACCAGGAGCUUUAACAAUAAAAAGGAAUGCGAGACAAAUCGAAA